AUGUCCGUUCUUAACAGUGGUGAUUAUGCAGACGUUAUUCUCCGAAUUGGGGAUGAUGAACACUUUAAAGAGUUUCGUGCACAUUCUAUUGUUUUGCGCACUCGGUCACCUUACUUUCGAACUGCACUUUCUGACAGAUGGGCUCAAAAACAAGAUAAUGUAAUUAUUUAUGAGAAACCAAACAUCUUACCUGAGGCCUUUGAAGUUAUUCUCAAUGGAGUUCUUGAUUUGAAAAUACAUGAUGUAAAAAUUAUUCUUAACAUUCUUGUUGCGUGUAAAGAACUCUGUCUUCUUGACCUCUUCGAUUACAUGCAAGAUUAUCUUCUUAAUAAUAUGUCAGAAGCAAUGCAACAAAAUUUUAGUCUCGUUCAACGUAUUGCCUCACAACAUAAUGCUUUUUCAAAAUUACAAAGAUUUAUUAAAAAGUUUAUGGAUCAUAAUCCACAUUUGAUUUUCAAAACUGAUGAUUUUAACACUUUGGAACAACACAUUUUGAUUUCUCUUUUACAACGUGAUGAUCUUUUGAUAGAGGAAAUUGACGUAUGGGAAGCCGUCGUUCAAUGGGGAAUCGCUAAUACAUCGUCUUUACCAACAAAUAAGGAUGAUUGGACGAAGGAUAAUUAUUCAAAUUUGGGCGCAACUCUCGAACCCUGUAUUGCCCACAUAAAAUUUGGACAAAUCACAUCUGAAGAUUUCUUCCAAAAGGUUGAACCUUAUAAAGAAGCAAUCGAUAAAGAUUUAUAUGAUGAGAUUGUUAAAUUUCACUCUGGAGCUGCCGCGAAAUCUAAGUCUACUAUACCUUUAUCUCAACGUCGAGGUGUAGAUUCAGUACUUAUUGGCGAUUUAGAUAGUUCGAUUCUUAGUAGAUCCGUUGGUACAAUUUCUUCAAUUUGUAAUUCUCCUUUACAUGGUCCUGUUUUUCGAGGUAUUCUGAUUUUUAAUGGUGAUUUUAAAAAUGAUUGCGCUUCUUAUUGUAAUUUUGAUAAAGCUACUACCCCUUACGAGGGUCCUAUUAGGAAAACUAAAGAUAAGUUUUCUGUCGAUGAAUUAGAAGUUUUCCAAAUUAUCAAAAAAAAAUUAUAG